CUCUUGCUUGCACAAUCACCCAUCUCGACACGAUUCACACCUUCCCGCCUCUUACUCGACUUCAUCAACAUCCCCCCUCCCCCCUCUCACUCUUGUCCACUAUAUCAACUCCUCCUCCAUCAUCAUCGGCGCGUCCCACCAUAACCCCCACAACCAUAGUAGCCCAUCAUCCCGUACCUUAACCCCCUUCCCCACCACGCCCGCCCCCGGUCCCAGCCAUGUCCGAGGGCGAUGCUGCCCGCAAGAAGGAAGGCGAUGCCCACCGUCACCGCGAGCGCAUAGGCAACUAUGUCAUCGGUCAGGAGAUAGGUCGCGGCAGCUUUGCGACCGUCUACCAGGGCCACCGCUCGAAGUCCAAGACACCAGUCGCAAUCAAGGCUGUAUCACGCCAGAAGCUCACCAGCAAGCUCCUUGACAACUUGGAAAGUGAGAUCAACAUUCUCAAGGCCAUAAGCCAUCGCAACGUUGUCGCCCUCAGAGAUUGCUUCAAAAAUGACACCCACAUCUACCUCGUUAUGGAGUUCUGCACCGGAAGCGACCUCUCAAUCUACCUCCGCCAGCGAGGGCAUAUCAAGACACUAGACUUUGUCCCACGAAUCUACGAAUCCAACAUGGUCGCGUCCCGUGGUGGCAAGGUCUUCUGGCCACAUCCUCCCGCUGGAGGUCUUGACGAACGCGUCACGCGUUGCUUCCUUGGGCAGCUAGCCGAUGCCGUACGCUUCCUCCGCUCUCAGGAUCUAAUCCACCGUGACAUCAAGCCGCAGAAUCUACUCUUGCAGCCCGCCACACCCAGCGAAGUAGCAGAGGGGCAUCCUCUUGGGAUUCCAAUUCUAAAGGUUGCCGACUUUGGCUUCGCCCGUGUGCUGCCCACAGCGGCCAUGGCCGAGACGCUGUGUGGAUCACCCCUUUACAUGGCACCAGAGAUUCUACGCUACGAAAAGUAUGACGCCAAGGCAGAUCUUUGGUCUGUCGGCGCUGUCCUUUAUGAGAUGGCUACUGGGCGCUCACCUUUCCGCGCGCCAAACCACGUUGAGCUUCUGCGGCGGAUUGAGAGGGGCAAUGACAAGAUCAAGUUCCCAGACGAGUCUUCUCGGUCCAACCAGCCUUCCGCAGACGGCCGUGAGCCCCUUCCCAUCAUUCCCGUGUCACCAGACAUCAAGGCGCUCAUUCGCGGCCUCCUCAAGCAGCGGCCAGCACAGCGCAUGGGCUUUGAAGAGUUCUUCAGCAGCGGUGUUUGGGAUGGUUUCAUGACCGAGUCAAUCGGGGAUGUGUCAACGUCCAUCGAUGUCUCCACCGACAGCUCGGCGGUCGACUUUGGGAUGAGUGACACACACGACCAGAAGAGCAGCGCCGGAUCGUUCGGGACAGCUCCACUUGCAUCUCCGGCGCCGGCAAGCCCGAAUCCCGCAGCCGUUAAGCGGAACACGUCGGGCGACCUAUCGUCCCGCCCCUCAUCGCGCCCCAGCACGGCAGCGCCUACUCCCACCCCCACUCUUCCUCAUCGGCGCUCCGAGCCCAAGUAUUACGUUGGCGACGAGCCGGCAGAACCUGCUGCUGGAGGAGAGGCACUCCCAUCAUCUCCAGUGAGCCCAGUGUCUCCAGGUAUGACAUCACGAACGACACCACGGGCAAUCAGCAGCUCGACACCGCAGCAAAGUCGUGCGUUUUCAACAAAAGUGCCGAGCAGUGUAAGCGCGGACGACCCGUCUGUUGUAACACCACCAACAGGGCCAUUUGGACCUCGCCCCGGUAUCGGAGGUUCACCACUGGCUGCCACGCCGCCAAUCACCAUGACGGGUAAAGACGAGAGCGCGCUAGGGGCGAGUGACUCUGUUGGUCGCGAGUAUGUCGUGGUGGAGAAACGUACGGUGGAGAUCAAUGAGUUGGCGGAUGAGUUGGAGCAGCGGACACGUCGACCCUCCAACGGGACACUGGUUCGCAUGCCUGGUGCACGACCAAUUCAUCAGCUACGGCCCAUCAACUCAAGCCCACCUCCACAAGUUGCUGCUGCUGCCAUCGAACCUGCGUCGUACUCGCCGCCUUUCGCGAUGGGGUCAACACCACCUUUUGCCGUGUCAUCCACUGUUAGGCCGACAAGCCUUCGCCCACGGCAGCCAUCGCUGCCUUCCACUCCAACAAUCUUCCCACCUCCUGGGUCGUAUGCCAUGUCGGCGGAGCGGUCAUCGCCCGGCUCGCUUCCGAGCAGCAACGCGCUCGCACGUGUGUUAACCAACACUGCAGUGAGGUUGCUCAAUUCGACCUCCAACACGGCGGCAAAUGUUGUCGCACGUGCCACUGGCUCGUCUGCCAGGCGGUGGCCUCAGGUUGAGCGGUCGGGGGAGAUCGACCCAGACGAGAAUGAGCUGCUUGACUUCCUCGAGGACGCUGCCCACAAGGCGUUUGUGCUCUACGAGCUGGGUGACCUUCGUCUCAUCCAGUGGUCUCAGACAUCUCGUCCACCACCACCGCAGGCAUCAACCAGCACCGCAACCAUCACUCCUCACACGCCACCCUCACCUAACGUGCCACCCUUUGCAGUUCCGCCCGUGGGGAUGGGCCGACGCAAGUCGUCUGCAUCAUCCACCAGCAGCGAUAUUCUUGUGUUACGGCAGGCGCAGGAGGCUGCGGGUGAUGCGUGCGCGCUCUACUUCAAGUCUCUUGCCUUUGUCUGUGCGGGCCAUGAGCGGUUCAAGCGCUUUUGGGAUGGGCGCAAGCAUCGCAACAUGGAAUACCAGACAAGUGAUGAGCUAAACGAACUCGUGCAGUGGUUCCGUGCUCGUUUCAAUGAAGUCUACGAUAAGGCCGAGUGGGCUAAGGUUCGCUCUGCGGAGCAGCUCCCUUACGUGGACAGACUCGUGCACGACCGUGCCCGUGAUAUCGCGCGCCAGUCGGCACAGUCAGAGCUUCUCGGAGACCUGUCGAACGCUGAAGAGGGAUACGAGACAGCUCUGUGGCUGUUGAGCACCCUGCUAGACGAUAUCAUGCACGACGGCAGCAAGCUGCGCGACGAUGACCGAACCAAUUACGAGCGUUUGAUCGCCUCGGUCCGCGAACGCCUUGAGGGCGUACGGCGCAAGAUCGAAGCUUCAGCGCGUCCUUCUUGAAUACACGAAACUGAACAUUGCCAGGCAGGGCCGCGCCCGCAUGCUGCGCAUCACACCACUCCAAUAUCAUUCCCCUUGACAGUGAAAUAGAGCGUCUCGGCUUGUUUCUUCUCUCUCUCUCUCUCUCUCUCUCUCUCUCUCUCCAUGUUCCACUCAAAUCGACUUUCAGCUCCUCAGCAGCAAUCAACCACAUCACGCCACUCUCACGACAUGUCACUCGACAUGUGUCAUUAUUCCACCUCACUUGCCUGCCCACUCAUCUAGCAGCUUUCAGAAGCAUCUGUCCGUUGUUGUUAUUCCGUACUGUAAACUCGACAAGACCUGUUUGAUGCCAC